UCUAUAACGUUCGCUGUGUAAUUUGCAGAAAAUAUGAAAGCCAAGAAACCGAUCGACUUACCGAUUCCAAAGGGUAUGGACGAGGAUCUCGACGAGGACGAGGACGACCUUGAAGAUGAUGAUGGCCUGGACACUGACGCAGACGACGAAGAUGACUCUGACGCUGAUCCCGAGGACGUGCUUAGCGAUCAACCUGACGACGACGAGAGUGACGAAGAAUAUCUAGACGAUUACAAUUACGACACCACGACAAGCCGAUUGUCAACGACAGUUUCAACCACAGAGAAACCGAAGCAGGACGUGACCGCGAUGCCGUUGCCAGUUAGCACCAGCACGCAGCAAUCGUCCCAGUCGCAGAGCACGCCGGAUCCGUAUCUGACUCACUUCGAUCCUCGUUCCGAGCACCAGAGCUACAAGCAGGCGCAAAUGAGGCUCGAGGAGGUGCACAAGGAGAAAGUGACAAAAGUGAUGAAGGACUGGAGUGAUCUCGAGGAGAAGUAUCAGGACAUUCGUGCCCACGACCCGGUAGCCGCCGACGCUUUCAAACGAUGGAUGACCGCGCGGUUCCAGGAGACGGUCGCCGCUCUGGAAGAGAGCGGCGCCGCGGAGAAGCAUCAGUUGAGCGCUAUGCAUCAACAACGAGUGCAAGAAGCUGUUAAACAAAGAAACGAGGAAGCAAUGUCAUGCUACACAGCUGCUCUGAACGAGACUCCACCAAAUAUUCACCGAAUCCAGAAAUGCCUCCAGAAAUUGCUCCGAGCUCUUCACAAGGACAGGCAUCACACCAUUGCCCAUUACAAACAUCUGCUGGACAGCAGCUUGGAGCAAGCUCAACGGGAGAAGCCAGCAACGUUGGAACACUUGGCAGAGAUCGACAGAAUCACCAAUCAGAGUCUGUUGAUGCUAGAACGGUACCCUGAUUUAAGCGCGAAAAUUGGCCGGCUUAUGGAUGAUUACGUUUUGGCCCUCAGGAGCAAAGAUGAGACUCCUGGACUGCUGCUAGCGAUGACGCGAGAAGCGGAGGCAGCCAUUUUAGAUAAAUAUCAGGCUGAUGUUACCAGUAAGCAACAAGAGAAAGAACAUCAAAGACAAUUGGAACGAGUGCGCAAGGAGCAACGCAAAGCUGAACGCGGCGAAUUACGUACAGAGCAGGCGCAGCAAGAAGAGAACGACUCGAUAAAUGAGAACAAGGAUAGCCAGCAACAGCCGGAACAACCAUCCGCAGUGGCAGCUAUGCACAGUGAAGGACUUGUAAGGGCAGCUCACAGCAUGACACAUGACAUUUCCCACUCUGAACCGGGUUACUCUGUAAGAAGGGAGAUAUACCACAGGGAGAGUCGAUCAGUCUAUUUCACACUGGCGUUCGCUGGAAUCGCACUCAUGGCUGCAGCGGUGGUAGGUGUAGCGGUAUUCAAAAGGCGCAGCGCAAGAAGCCCUCACAGUCAGGGAUUCAUUGAGGUUGACCAAGCGGCUACACCAGAGGAGCGGCAUGUCGCAAACAUGCAGAUCAACGGAUACGAAAAUCCUACAUAUAAAUACUUCGAGAUCAAAGAAUAAUUUAAUCACCUCGGUCUACAAAAUGAUUUCGUUUCGUAACUGGUCUUUAAUUGUACGUUCUCGCGCAUGUUCUUUAAGACUCUCAUAGUAUUUUCGUUAGCGUAAGGCUAAGUAACAGUCAGGCUCGAGGUUCUUCCGAAGAUCCCGAAAGUAUAUAAAAAAUAAUCCACAUCCUUAGUGAUGUAUGGAAUGAAAUCUGUCCAUAGGGAAGUAGGACAUUGCGGAUACAGUAUCAUUGCGCGACACGUCUCUUUAUUAUACGCUCGCGGCGUUAACACGACCACACAUUCUAACGAUCUAUGAUAUGUAUUAAGCAAACGUUUAUAUAACAUCUUUCAGUAGAUAGAGAUGUUGCGAGUUGAAACGCACGGAAUUAUCUACUCACGUGGCAAUUCGAAAGGGAAACAACAUGCCAAUGUGCCAUAUGGGAAGCGCGUGAAGUUGUUGUCUUCGGAAGUAUCUCAUUACACGUUGUUUUCGUUUCGUUGUCAUAUAUGUAUAUGUUAUUAACAAAAAUAAACAAACAGGAAGGAGCGCUGACAAUUGAGGGAAAAGAAAAAAAAAAAAGAAAAAAGGAAAGAAGAAUCACUACUCACAUUAAAUGUUAUAAGCGAAUAUACCCUUCAAUCGGAAGGCUGUGGACUAUGAUCAGUUGCAGACUCAUUGUUUUUCUCAGCAAUAGGAAAUGCGUACGAUGCGAUGGAAGAAACGCGAUAACUCAUCGUCGACGAUGACGCAUUUCGACACAGUAUGCGUGCUGUUGCGCUCUUUGCUGUAUAUUUCUGAGUUCUGAUAUUUUUCGAGAUAGUAAAUGGCAAUAAUGGUAAUCAACCGCAGCAGCUUAAAUAAAUACGUGAAACUAAGAGGGGGGGGGAAAAACAGUAAACGGUAGAGCAGCGGUAGCGGCUUGCACAGCGGCAGUAUAAAAAGUAUAAUCCGACUUAAAAGAGAAAAGAAAAGAGAAAAAAAAAAAUGAUAAGCAUAUUAAAUAAAUAGCACUAUGCGAGUAAAUAAAAGAAAAAAGAAAAAAAAAAAAGACGUGUAUGCUCUUGUACGACACUCUUAAAAUAUCAGAACAGCGAUCAAAAUGCACGUUCACCUUCGUGAUUGCAGCUGUUUUUUCAUCUCCGUUCGAUUCCCACUGCCUGAUUUUUUCAGCGACCUUUUUCAGUACUUAACGUCUACUUAGAUUAAUAUAAACAACUUUAUACUUGUAAGAAAAUUGAAUCACGAACGUAUCUAAAAGUUAUUGUAAACGAGAAGCAAGAUAUUUUAUCAUUCCAUAACGAUAAAGUCCACUAUCUUAUCGAGGUGCUGUCCGAACGUAUGCACGGAAAAUAUUCGGCAGCUUUGUUCGAUUCGGCCGAGUUGUCGCCGCGUUUCCGUCGCCGGUAUGGAAACGGACGAGUCGAAAGAAUCACGUCGAUGUUGUCGAAUAAGAGGAACAGUUUCAACACAGGAGUUUUUUUUGAGUGGCAUUAGUACCUCCGAUUUAGGUCGAAAUAAGUGGCGACUGUUAAAAAAGGCAAGCGUGUUUCUGUCCUUUCUUCAUUUCAUCAGUUUAUUUUCUGUCUCUCUCUCUUUCUCUCUCUCUCUCUCUAUCUCUCUCUCUGUCUCGAAAGAUGGUUCAUACAAUAACUAUCUUAGGAUAUUAAUUAUAUAUGAUGACGAUAAUAUAUUACACGUUUAAUGCUUAUAUAUUUGUAUAUGGUCAAAUGGUAGUAGGCUGCGCUUUAGCCAGGGUCGCGUGGGAAAGCAUAGCUUUCGGUUUUGUAGCACUUCUUCUUUUUACGUAGAUUAUAUUCGUUUUCCUUUUUCUUCGUGUAUCAAUUAAUUAGCCAUGCAUUAACGUAUUACAUUACGUCAAGUUGAUAAGCAUUACUCGUAUAACUACGGCAACAGGAGAAGUACCAACAAUCUUAGUCGCGCAAGCAUUGUGUUAAUAACGAUCUUCUGAGAUGCUUUUAUUACUUUAAGUCUACGUUAAAGAGUUAUACUCUAGUUUUCUCUGUCUUUCUCUCUCUCUCUCUCUCUGUUUAUCAAUAAGAUAAUUUAUUUGUUUUGUGCUAACUUUGCUAAAAAAAAAAAAAAGAAAAAAAAAAGAAAGAAAAAGAGAAAUAAAUCAAGCGAAUGCGCAAACCGAGGACGAUUGAACGAUAAUCCUUGGAUUCCUAAGCGCACGUGUAAAGCAGCUGCCUUCCUAUUCAGCGAGCAUAAGUUAAAUGAAAAAAGAACACGCUGUUUCUCUCACGCAACUCCGGUGGAAGAACGAGCCAACGAA